CCGCAUCCGCAUCCGCGAUCCGUAUCGUGCGCGUGUUCCACCACGUACGUGUCCUCUCGUGCGUACGCGUGUCAGUGUGUAUAUACGCGAGAUGCUGCCGCCGAUGGCAGCGAGGAAGACGAGACGCGCGAGAAAGCGCGGUGCGCCGCGUUCCGUCGCUGCCGACGAGCCGCGCGCGGAGAGAGAAUCGAUCGGAUGCGGAUCGCGUCCGUGCGACGCGCAAGAAACGUUCGCGCGACGGUCCCCGCCGUCCGUCCGCCUUCUGCCGCACAGAUGUUCAGCCCGACAACGAGAGUUUUCUCCUCUUCGCUCCGUUUCUCCGCAUCUUUCUCGCGUAUUGGGCAUCAUCUGCUAUUGUGACGGACAUUGCCCGGACGGCAAGCAAAAUGGGACCUGCGAAUUACGACCCGGAGGUUACUGUUUUAGCGCCGUGGAAGAGGUAUGGGACUCCGAGCUGAGAGAAUACGUUCCCGAAUGGUCGUUCGGUUGCUUGCCGCCCGCCGAGAGUGGUUUCAUGCAAUGCAAGGGAAAUCAAGUUCCUCAUUAUUUAGACAAGAGCAUAAUUUGCUGCAAUCACACAGCUUUGUGCAAUAAGGAUCUGUUUCCCGAAAUAACUUACAAGUCACGUCCUACUAUGGAGACCGAUACGCGAAUGGUCAUUGCAUCGGGAGCACCAUUAAUCAUCUUGGUAGUGGCACUAUCAGCGGCUUUGGUGAUCGUUGUAAUAGCGGUAGGAAUCAUGUAUCAUAAAUGCCGGAAGAAAGAACGAGAUCCGUGUCUGGUGCAAUCACAAGGAACUCUUAAAGACCUGAUAGAUCAGAGCAGCGGAUCGGGCUCGGGAUUGCCGCUCUUGGUACAACAGACGAUCGCGAAACAAUUAGCCAUGUCCCAAUGUGUGGGAAAAGGACGUUACGGUGAGGUAUGGCUUGCCAGAUGGCGAGGUGGCGAAAAAGUGGCGGUGAAGGUUUUCUUCACGUUAGAGGAGGCCUCGUGGUUCAGGGAAACGGAGAUCUAUCAAACUGUCCUUAUGAGACAUGAUAAUAUCCUGGGCUUUAUCGCUGCUGACAUCAAGGGAACUGGCUCUUGGACUCAAAUGCUGUUAAUUACGGAUUAUCAUGAUAGGGGUUCCUUGCACGAUUACUUGCAGACAACUGUAUUAGAUCAUCAGGCUCUACUGACGAUCUGUUCGUCAAUCGCAUCUGGUAUCGCGCACUUGCAUACCGAGAUAUUCGGUACGCAAGGAAAACCCGCGAUAGCUCACAGAGAUAUUAAAAGCAGAAAUAUUUUAGUUAAGAGAAACGGAGAAUGUGCCAUAGCUGACUUCGGGUUGGCCGUUCGUUAUUUCAGCGAGAGCGGUGAUAUUGACAUCGCGCCAAAUACUCGAGUGGGCACGCGGCGCUACAUGGCACCGGAAGUAUUGGAUGAAACCUUGAAUACAUCCUCUUUCGAUGCAUUCAAAAUGGCAGAUAUGUAUUCUGUCGGUCUCGUAUUUUGGGAAGCAUGCAGGAGAUGUGUUACGGGUGGUAAGAAUUCUAUGGUGGAGCCUUACGCCUUGCCUUAUCACGAUGUCGUACCAAACGAUCCGGACUUCGAGGAUAUGCGUUUGGUAGUCUGCGUGAAACGAUUACGUCCAGUUAUCCCAACGAGAUGGGAUAACGAUGCGGUUCUAUAUGCGUUAAGCAAAAUGAUGUCAGAAUGUUGGCAUCCAAAUCCACCAGUUCGUUUAACUGCUCUUCGUGUUAAAAAGACAUUGUCAAAACUACACAUUGAUAAUAUUAGCAUCAAGAUCGUGUAAUGACGUGAUUAUGAGAAACGGACUCUUCUAGCUAAACUUCCUACUCUUGUAAAUAUUCCCUUAGUGUACAUAGAAUUGUUGACAGACUGCAACCUGAAGACUGAUGACUAAAAUUUAUAAAUAUAUAGGAAAGAAAGUAUAUGAAUGAGUGUGUGCAUAAAGUAAUGAAUGAAUGAUGUAUAUUAUGUGUGUUGUGUGUGUGCGUGCGCGUCACAUACGUAUAAAUAUUCGUAUAAAGUGUCUCUAAUUCCGUGCGUUUUCACUGAAAGAUUUUUUUCACACUGAAGAUAUCUUUAAAGGCAAAAUAAUCACGGAAAAUUUGGAGCGUAUUUUCUUUUUAUAUUUAUAUCAAAGCUGUACAUACAAUUUAGAUAUGCUUCAUGUUAAAGUUUGUUGGAUAUGUUAUCAACGAAGGCUUUCUAUUUAGAAAAUAUCAUGUUUACAGAAAAGCGAAAUUGUUUUAUUGUUUUUAACUUUAUAAAAUCAUGUAAAAUAGAUUCAGCAUGUGAAAGUAUCGAAUAUGUAAAAUACGUCUCGUGAUAACAUCGCCUUAUUUUUGUUUCGAUCUAGGAAAUGUAUAACGUGCCUAAUGAGAUCUUAUAAACUAAUAACGAAAAAUCUCCAACUUGGAAAUUUAAAAAUUAAACGUUAGAUGCGCGCCUUAUUUGUUUUCUGAAUUAUAUAUUUUUUAAUAAGAUAAAAUUCAGAUCAAUUUUAUGUUGCAACUAUGUACAACGGCUAUGUUUACAACAUACUAUGAGUUGACAUAAAGAAAAAUAUAUAAUCAUCUACAUUUAGUUAAUCAAAAAAUAUUCCGAAGAGAAUACAAAGUAAAAUAUUUUGACACAACCUGUAAUCUAAUUUGUGAUAUUACAUACAUACAUGAAAAAUAUUAGUUAUUAAAAUAUAUGAUUUUAUAUGAAGUGAACAAAACAAAUGAAUACGGAAAAGCGACAAAUUAAAUCUCUUACAUAGCCUUUUUAAAGCUGUUAUGAAAUUAUAGCAA